CAUCAAGCCUUUCAUUUCCCCCAGGUAAUUGAAAAACCCUCUCAUCCCCAAAACCCUCUCCUAAUCCCAGCACAAAAUUUCACAGACAUGCUUCUGAGCACAGCUCCUGACCUCACCCUUUCCACUCUCACUCUAACCCACUCCUCCUCCUCCUCCUCCUCUCCCCUCCCCUUCUUCCGCUCCCUCACUCUCUCCCCCACUCCCCACCGCCGAUUCUCCUCCCCACCCAUCAUCUCCGCCCUCCAAUUCCGCCGCCCUCACGCCCUCCCCGCCUCCACCGCUCUCGUCCAACACCUCCCGCCCGAGGAGGACGACCACGAUUGGGAUUCCAGCAAUGUCGCCCAGAGCGACGCCUUCGAUUUCGAGAGGUGCUUCGCCUCCACCGACCUCAAGUACCUCGCCUCGCCCAACCUCGAGGUUCGCGAGCUCGAUGAGCUGCCGGAGCAGUGGCGGAGGUCCAAGCUCGCUUGGCUCUGUAAGGAGCUGCCGUCGCAUAAGUCCGGGACUUUGAUUCGGAUUCUCAAUGCCCAGAAGAAGUGGAUGAGGCAAGAGGACGCCACCUAUGUCGCCGUGCAUUGUAUGCGAAUUCGCGAGAACGAAGCCGGAUUCCGGGUGUAUAAAUGGAUGAUGCAACACAAGUGGUACCGAUUUGAUUUUGCUCUUGCUACCAAGUUGGCGGAUUACAUGGGGAAAGAGAGGAAAUUUGCGAAAUGUAGGGAGAUAUUUGAUGAUAUAAUUAAGCAGGGGCGUGUGCCUAGUGAGUCUACAUUUCAUAUAUUGGUUGUUGCAUACCUUAGUGCUCCGGGUGAAGGUUGCUUGGAAGAAGCGUGUAGUGUUUACAAUCGAAUGAUUCAGCUCGGAGGUUACCAGCCCCGGCUUAGCUUGCACAAUUCUCUGUUUAAAGCUAUUGUGAGCAAACCAGGGAGCUCUGUGAAACCUUACCUCAAACAGGCCGAGUUUAUAUUUCAUAAUUUGUUAACAACUGGACUUGAGAUUCACAAGGACAUUUACAGUGGCUUGAUUUGGUUACAUAGUUAUCAGGAUACUGUCGAUACAGAGAGGAUGACAUCGUUGAGGAAAGAGAUGCAAGAAGCAGGGAUUGAAGAGGGCAAAGAAGUGCUUGUGUCUAUCUUGAGAGCGUGCUCAAAGAUGGGGGAUGUGGAGGAAGCAGAGAACACUUGGCUCAGACUUCUCCGUCUUAAUGUAGGUCUUCCGUCACAGGCGUUUGUUUAUAAGAUGGAAGUGUAUGCAAAGGUUGGAGAACCCAAGAAGUCUUUGGAGAUAUUCAGGGAGAUGCACGAGCACUUGGGUUUAGCCAAUGUUGUGGCAUAUCAUAAAGUCAUAGAAAUUGUCUGUAAAGCUAAAGAAAUUGAACUUGCAGAAUCCCUCAUGGCAGAUUUCAUCAACACUGGUUUGAAGCCUUCCAUGCCAGCUUAUAUAGAUCUAAUGAACAUGUACUUCAACUUGAGCUUAUAUGACAAAGUGGAAUCAGCCUUCUCCCAAUGCCUUGAGAUAUGUCGACCUAGCAGAACGGUUUACUGUAUAUUCUUGGAUUCUUUGGUGAAAGUUCGUAAUCUUGAUAAAGCUGAGGAGAUAUUUGACUACAUGCAGAGUAAUGGGGCAAUAGGUAUUAAUGCCCGUUCCUGCAAUACCAUAUUAAGUGGAUACUUGUCAGCUGGAGAUGAUUUCAAGGCAGAGAAAAUAUAUGGUCUGAUGUGUCAGAAGAAAUAUGAUGUUGAUCCUCCAUUGAUGGAAAUAAUCAACUCUUUCUUGAGUUUGAGAAAGAAACAGGUUAAGAGACAUAUAAGCAUGACACUGAGCAAAGAACAACGAGAGAUAUUAGUAGGUCUACUGAUGGGUGGUUUGCAGAUCGAAUCAGAUGACGACAGAAAGAAUCACAUGAUCCGUUUUGAGUUCAGUGAGAAUUCCAGCGCGCAUUCUGUUUUGAGGAGACAUAUAUAUGAUCAAUACCAUGAAUGGCUCCAUCCUUCGUGCAAGCCCAGUGAGAAUACUGAGCACAUACCGUAUAAAUUUUCCAGCAUCUCACAUUCUUAUUUUGGUUUCUAUGCCGACCAGUUUUGGCCCAAUGGCCGGCGGAUGAUUCCCAAACUAGUCCACCGAUGGCUCUCACCAUGUGUUCUUGCAUACUGGUAUAUGUAUGGGGGCUACAGGACUGCAUCAGGAGACAUAUUGCUGAAAAUAAAGGGAAGUGAGGAGGGUGUUCAGAAGAUUGUCAGAACCUUGAAGGCAAUGUCUCUGGAGUGCAAGGUGAAGAGGAAGGGGAGAGUAUUUUGGAUAGGUUUCCUGGGAAGUAAUUCUACACUGUUCUGGAAACUAACGGUACCUUACAUUCUAGAUGACUUGAAACAUCUUCUAAAAUCGGAUGGGGAAAGCUCAGAGAACAAUACAGUUGAAAAUGAAAACAUCAACUUCGCUAGUGGGUCUGACACCGAUGAGAAUGCCUCUGAUAAUAGUGAUGAUGAUAGGAAUUAAAUUGUAGUGCAUCAUUAGUCAUUCUGGUAUUCAAUUCUGCCAGUACAAGGGCUUUCCUUGUCACCUACUGGAGUUGUAUAUACAAGGUUCACAGAGAAUAGAUGAGUCUAUAAUGAUUUUGUAAUGCAACUAAAUGAUCUCUGUUGGAUCCUUUUGUUCUAGAAUGGUUUGAUCUUUUCUGUA